UACAAACCAAGAGACCCUGGAUUAGGACACCUUGAUCUGGACAACCUGUGCUUUUUAGCAGAUGAGGACUUUCAUCUAGGUAGAUCAAGAAGAAGUCAUCAUACCUCCUAAAAUACGGGGAGGUGCCCAGACAUAUAAGGAUGGAGUCCUCCUCCACUGACUGGUUUGUACUAUUCAACCUCACGGCCACACCCACCCCCAUGAAUUACACCACCCAGGUGCCCAGGGAACCAUACCUCCAAAAGCUGGCACAUCUGGACGAGGGCCUCUACAAUGACUUUUACAGCCUGUGGAUUGCCCUGCUGGUGAUCAAUGUGCUCAUCUUCAUUGUGGGUAUGGCGCUCAACAGCUUGGCUCUGUAUGUCUUCUGUCUGCGGACAAAGCCCAGCACCACCUCUGUCAUCUACACCAUUAACUUGGCGGUGACGGAUCUGCUGGUGAACCUCUCACUGCCCACCCGCAUCGUCCUGUAUUACAGCGCGGGCAAGUGCCUCACUUGCUCCUACCUGCACAUCUUCAGCUAUUUUGUCAACAUGUACUGCAGCAUCCUUUUUCUCACAAGCAUUUGCAUUGACCGAUACCUGGCCAUCGUGCAGGUGGAGGCAUCGCGCAAGUGGAGGAGCCCGGGCGUGGCCAAGUGUGUCUGCGCCUUCAUCUGGCUGUUCGCCAUUGUGGUGACCUACUCGCUCCUGUCCACGGCCUUCAAGCAGGAGGCCUGCUGCCUGUCCAAGCUGUUCGCCCUCACGGUGUUUGAGUUCUUCCUGCCGCUGGUGGUGAUCGUGGUGUUCACCGUGCGCAUCGCCUGCGCGCUGGCCAGGCCGGGCCUGAUGCAGCAGAGCCGGGAGCGGCGCAUGAGGGCCGUCCAGCUGCUGGUCACCGUCCUGGUCAUCUUCACCGUCUGCUUCACGCCCUUCCACGUGCGGCAGGUGCUGGUCUUCUUCUACCCGGACAUGCCGCACCACGUGGUGGCCUACCACGUCACCGUCACCCUCAGCAGUCUCAACAGCUGCCUGGACCCCGUGGUCUACUGCUUCGUCACCAACAACUUCCAGGGCACGGUGAGGAGCGUGUUCCGCAAGGCGGAGGCGGAGCAGACCAGCGGGGACGUGGUCAGCAUGCAGCGCAGCUCCAAGGGCUCGGGCACCGCCACAGCCAUCGCACACAGCAUGAUCAUGCUGAACCUGACCUCGCCCCUGUCGGGCAGCAUGCACGCCUGAGGGGGGCGGGGCUGGGCAGGGUGAGGGCGGUGCUGGGACAGCUGAAUGGACGAGAUACCCAUCUGUGUGUGGCAGUAAAAGGGUAACAGAGACUCUGAAGAAUCAGCACUACAUGAAUGAACUGUGAGAAUCAUGUGUAAUGUAUGUAAAAUAUGUAUAUGUUUGUAUAUUAUGUGUAGGUGUGUGUGUG